CUCCUCCUCUCACAGCUCUUACCAGGAAGAGACUGACGUGUCAUCUUAUCUCCUUUCUGAGAAACUGACUCUCUUCUCUACUGACAAAAACAAUAAAGAUUCAUCGCAGAAGAAUCAAGAGAAACUCUUUCAAAAAGGAAUUGUGUUUAGUUUAUUUCUGAACAGACAGACUGAAGAUCUUUGUGAUUCCAGUGAUUCAUUUUUCAAACGGACUUCAUCCAGAAAGUGAAAGUAAAGUUUAGAUUGUUGCAGCUCAAAGAGAAAACAAUGGCUUCACAGUCUGAAGAAGAUUAUAUCUGUCCUGUGUGCUGUGAUAUCUUCAAGACUCCUGUGUUUCUGUCAUGCAGUCACAGUGUCUGUAAAGAGUGUCUUCAUCAGUUCUGGAGAACCAAAGGAACUCAGGAGUGUCCCGUCUGCAGGAGAAGAUCCUCAAGAGACAAUCCUCCAGUUAAUCUAGUGUUAAAAAACCUGUGCGAGUCGUUCCUGAAGGAGAGGAAUGAGGUUCGUUCAUCAGGAUCUGAGGAGAUCUGCAGUUUACACAGUGAGAAACUCAAGCUCUUCUGUCUGGAGGACAAACAGCCGGUGUGUUUAGUGUGUGUUAACUCAAAGAAACACGACAAUCACAAAUUCAGACCCAUCGAUGAAGUGGUUUCAUCAUAUAAGGAGGAGCUCAAUACAGCACUGAAAACAUUACAAAGAAAACUGAAACACAGUGAAACAAUGAAAGGAGAGUUUGAGGAAACAGUUGAAAAUAUCAAGUCUCAAGCUGAGCACACAGAGGGUCAGAUUAAACAGCAGUUUGAGACGCUUCAUCAGUUUCUCAGAGAUGAAGAAGAAGCUACAAUCACUGCACUGAGAGAGGAAGAGGAGCAGAAGAAGCAGAUGAUGAAGGAGAAGCUGGAGGAGAUCAACACACACAUCUCAGCUCUUUCACAGUCAAUCAAAGACACGGAGGAUAUGAUGAACGCCAGUGACGUCUGCUUUCUGAAGAAGUUUCCAGUCUCGAUGGAAAGAGUCCAGAUCUCAUCACAGCCGGAUCCACAGACUCCUUCUGGAGCUCUGAUUCAUGUGCCACGAUACUUGGGCAACCUGCCCUUCAGAGUCUGGAAGAAGAUGCAGGACAUCGUCCAGAACAAGUCAGAAAGACGAUUAGUGCUGCUGGGUCAAACUGGUGUUGGGAAGAGUGCAGCUGGAAACACAAUACUGGGACGAGAAGAGUUCAGAUCUGGGAUGGAUGACACAUCAGUAACACAUGAAUGUUCAGCUGCUCACGCCACUGUUUCAGACAGAUCUGUGACUGUAGUUGAUACUCCUGGAUUAUUUCACACAGACAUGGACCAGGAAGAGUUAAUGACAGAGAUCAUGAAAAGUGUUGAUUUAUCCAGUCCUGGACCACACGCUUUUCUCAUUGUGUUUCCUGUGAAUCUGAGAUUCACUGAACAUGAGCAACAGAUUCUUGAGCAGACUGAGAUGAUGUUUGGUCAGGAGGCGUUAAAAUACUCCAUCAUUCUCUUCACUCAUGGAGAUCUGCUGAAAGGAAAAAACAUAGAUGACCUCAUUAAUUGGAACAUCAAAUUAAGAGAUCUAGUCCAGCAGUGCGGAGGCAGAUAUCACGUCUUCAACAAUGAAGAUGAGAGUAACAGAGUGCAGGUGAAUGAUCUGCUGAAGAAGAUUGACACAAUGAUAGAGCAGAACAGAAGAGGAUAUUACAGUCAUCAGAUGCUUGAAGAAGCUCAGAGAAGAAGAGAGGACACCAGAAGAGGACGAGGAGAGAAAACAGCACCAAAGUCAGUGUCAGGAAAGUGUGUGUAGUUGAUGCUCCUGGAUUCUUUCACACACAGAUGAAAACUGAAGAGAUCAUGAGAAGUGUUUCAGUCUUUGACAGCUCACUUUCCUCUUGUUUGGUCAGGAGCAGUUAAAAUACUCCAUUCACAGAGAUCAUCUACACGAGACGCUCACGCAGGAGAAGAGAAGAUUAAGACAGAUUCACAUCUGAACUCUGAACUCUGUUAUUCCUGCAGUGAUCUACAGUAAGAGAUUGAAGGACAUCUCUAAAUCAGUGCUUGAUACUUGGAUGUCCACCCGAUUGAGAAUUAAACUCUGCUGUUCACCAAAAGAGCAGCACAAGAGCAUGGGACUAUAGACCGAAUAUUACACAUGUACACUGAUCAUAUUAAACUCUGAUUCUGACAUUCGUUACAUAAAGUUUUCUUGUAACUGAUUACACCGCAUAUUUAACAAGAAAACAUUUAUCAGUGAAACUCAGAAUCUUUAAUGUUAGAUCUUUCAUUGUCUCUGAACAAAAUGAUUCAUUAUUAUUAAUGACAAAACAAGAAAAUAGUACAAUGACAAACUCGCUGAUUAUGAACACAGAGUUUAUUAACAAAACUAAUGAGACUGAUGACAUGAUAUACCUGAGCUGUGACAAAACUAAUAAAACAUUAAUAAAUGAAUUAGCUCUUGAUUGAAAUAGUGAUGUCAGAAUAAAGCACUUUCUGCUAAUAACAGACUUGAUUACAGCAGGAUUGAUAACUUUAAUGACCAUGAAUAAAUACAGAAAUCAUAAUCAUUAUAUAAAUACAUGCUCAUUUUCUAACCUUGGUUCAUCUCGUUACAUUAAACUUCUUACAGGAAGCUUUGUAUAUGUUGUAAUAGUCCAUUUUAACUGAUGAUGCUACACUUCUGUUAAUAAUCAUACAACAUAUGAACAGAUUUUGAUGGGUUUUGUUCAUCUGAUCAUUUUAAUGCAGAAACAAAUGCUUCUGAAGAUAUAUGAAUAAUAAUCUCUUGUGUAAAAUACCAUGCACAGAAAUAUGAAUUCACUGUUUGCAAACCUCUUUUCUGGACUCAGGUAUGUGUUCAUUACUUAUUUGAGUCUAGUUCACAGUUUAAAAUGUAAAAGUAGGGUAUUUGCUCCUGAUACUGGGUUAAUAAACAGAAACAGUGUAAACUGAAAGGAAAGAUGGUAUUUACUGAUUUUAUACACCAGAUUAUUGUGAAUAAACCAGGAGGAUCUUGAAAAUUAUUGUGGGGUGACAUGAGGACUGUGAGGAGUGCAAACAAGCAUUCUUUCAUCUAAACCUAAUCUAGAGUAUAUC